AGAAGCUUAAGGGCCGGAAGCAGCAGACGAGGAGGAGACGGCAGAAAGAUGGGGAGUGGAGUCAGUGCUGAGGACAAAGAACUGGCCAAGAGGUCCAAGGAGCUAGAAAAGAAGCUGCAGGAGGAUGCUGACAAGGAAGCCAAGACUGUCAAGCUGCUAUUGCUGGGUGCUGGGGAGUCAGGAAAGAGCACUAUCGUCAAACAGAUGAAGAUCAUCCAUCAGGACGGCUAUACGCCAGAGGAAUGCCUGGAGUAUAAGUCCAUCAUCUAUGGGAACGUGCUGCAGUCCAUCCUGGCUAUCAUCCGGGCCAUGUCCACACUGGGUAUUGACUAUGCCGAACCAAGCUGUGCGGAUACUGGGCGACAGCUCAACAACCUGGCUGACUCCACUGAGGAGGGCACCAUGCCUCCCGAGCUGGUGGAGGUCAUCAGGAAGUUGUGGAAGGAUGGCGGGGUGCAAGCCUGCUUCGACCGAGCUGCAGAGUACCAGCUCAAUGAUUCAGCAUCUUACUACCUAAACCAAUUAGACCGGAUUACAGCCCCUGACUACCUUCCUAAUGAGCAAGACGUGCUUCGAUCCAGAGUCAAAACCACCGGCAUCAUUGAGACCAAGUUUUCUGUCAAAGACUUGAACUUCAGGAUGUUUGAUGUGGGAGGGCAAAGAUCAGAGAGAAAGAAGUGGAUCCACUGCUUUGAGGGAGUCACCUGCAUCAUCUUCUGUGCAGCCCUCAGUGCCUAUGAUAUGGUGCUAGUGGAAGAUGACGAAGUGAAUCGUAUGCAUGAGUCAUUGCACCUCUUCAACAGCAUAUGUAACCACAAGUUCUUUGCGGCUACUUCCAUUGUCCUCUUUCUCAACAAGAAGGACCUCUUUGAGGAAAAAAUCAAGAAAGUCCAUCUCAGCAUUUGUUUUCCGGAGUAUGAUGGAAACAACUCUUAUGAAGAUGCAGGGAAUUACAUCAAGAGUCAGUUCCUUGACCUCAACAUGCGCAAAGAUGUCAAAGAAAUCUACAGUCACAUGACCUGUGCUACAGACACGCAGAAUGUCAAAUUUGUAUUUGAUGCUGUUACAGACAUUAUCAUCAAAGAAAAUCUCAAGGACUGCGGGCUCUUCUAAUUCUCAUCACUCUUCAUGUACACAUUCCAUAAACAGGCUUGGAAUCUGGCUAAUUUUAAGCAGAAAAGCAUAGAUCCAUAUACCAUGGCAUGAACAGUAAAUACAUUCUCCUUUAGAGAUGUACUUAUACAUGAUCGCAACUGAGUCCCAUCCGUUCUUUUCAGAGUGGGAUAGCUAGUGCAGUUUAAAGAGCACGAGGCCAGGAGUCAGGAGACCCAGGUGCCAGUACUGGUUCUUGAACUUACUACAAGGUAUAAACAUUUCAUUUCUCUGAGCCUUGAGUCACUCAUCUAUAAAAUAAAGAUAACUUCUCUACUGCUUCACAGGGUUAUUCUAAUGAUCACAGAUAUAAAUUGAAGGGAAGGAGCAUAAGAGCUGUGUGGUUAGAGUCAAAGAAAGAAACCCUAUAUAAAAGCAGCCACUUAAGAAAUUCAAGACCAGGGGCGCCUGGGUGGCACAGCGGUUAGGCGUCUGCCUUCGGCUCAGGGCGUGAUCCCGGCGUUAUGGGAUCGAGCCCCACAUCAGGCUCCUCUGCUAUGAGCCUGCUUCUUCCUCUCCCACUCCCCCUGCUUGUGUUCCCUCUCUCGCUGGCUGUCUCUAUCUCUGUCAAAUAAAUAAAUAAAAUCUUUAAAAAAUAAAAAAAAAAUAAAAAGAAAGAAAUUCAAGACCAAGUUUUUAGAUGAACUUUCCCAAGGAAAGCAGCAAACCUUCCCUACGUUCUGCAAAAGAAAACAAUUAAAAACAAGACCUCAAUAAACCUACCAUUUCUUCAUAAACAGACUCUACGUACCUUAGUUCAGAGAUCUGAAUCACUGGAUUGGAGAUAUGAGUUUCUAAGGCACACCUCCAAAAUUGAACUUUAUUAAGCAGAUUAGCCCUCUACAACCCCCUAACUGCCGUAUCUCUGUAAGUAACGGUCUCAGGUAUACAAGACACUUUUUCAGUAGGCUCCAUGCCCAGCGUGGAGCCCAUUGUGGGGCUUGAACUCACGACCCUGAGAUCGAAACCUGAGCUGAGAUCAAGAGUCAGACGCUUAACUGACUGAGCCACCCAGGUGCCCCUCAGGUAUACAAGACACUUUCUGAAUAAACUUGGAAGACUUCAACACACUCCCACUUAGAAUAUUAAUGAUUUUAUUGCUACCACUUCUCGAUCACGAGAGUUUUUUUUGGUAAGUGUAUUUAUUUAAGUAAUCUCUACACCCAACGUGGGGCUUGAUCGAACUCACGACUCCGAGAUUAUACGCUGCAUGCUUUACCGACUGAGCCAGCCAGGCGCCCCCCAAUCACAGAAUUUAGAGUAAGUGAGCAAAGCCAAAAUUCCCAUUUCAACUGCUGCAUGUUUCAGAACAAAAAAAGGCAGCGGAUCUUGCUUUAGGCACCCGAAGUCUCCGCAGUUGAAUCCACGUGAUGCCUGGCUGAAAACAACAUCUCCCCAUACAGGACAACAAGUAAAUUAUUUCUUUGAACUCCUCUGAGGGGAAACGAAGCUUGCAUUUAUCUUGACAGGAGGUGGUGAAGUCAAGUACAGAUUUAGCAUUUACAACUACUAGUGAGGAAAGCUCUUGGCAUCCAAGAUUAAGUAUAUAAAAGAAAGUGUCAAUUAAAAUGAAAAUCUGCUCCUUGCCAGAAACACAUAUUCACACUUAGGCUGCUACUAGCAAUAUUGAUACUAGAGAGCCAUAUGAGCUUGAAAUACACGGAAGAAUAAAUUUGCAGCUGUUAAAAUUGGAUUCAUUUAAUAGUCUUUCUGAUUCCAUGAGAAGAAAUCAACUUGAGAGAAUUACCAGAGAAAUAAGGGAAAGUACUCUAUUGCUGAUUAAAAAACUUGAUCAAAGAAAAAACCUGGGCAAGACUUCAUGCAUCCAAGAGCUAGCUGUUCAGGGACUACGUUCUAGAUGGCAUAUUCCAACUAUCACUAACCUGUUUGUUUCAACUCACUAUACAGGGGUUAUGAUUCUUUUUUUUUUUUUUAAAUCAUGGAUCCCUCUAACAGUCUGAUGAAACCUAUGGACCUCU